GGGAAAUUAUCUCCAGCAGCAAGCCGACAUUCGAUCAUCCAGCAGGAUUAACAACACCAGUCGGCCCCCGAUACACAAAAAUGCCGUCCCUCUUCUCCCCCCUGGCGCUUCGCACCCUGCGGACUCUCGUCCAACGGCCAACCAUCCCCGCGGCUUCCAUAAAGCCUACAUCCUCAGCUCCCCGAUUCCAACCCAUCCUCCGCACACCCUCCGCGGCGCAAGCAUUCGCAUUCGCAUCCGCAAAGCCCCCGGCGAUUCGCCGAUUCUCAACAUCUCCUUUCCGCCAGGCAACUUUUAACCAAGUCCGCCGCGGGUGCCGGACUUCGCAGGCCGCGCGCCGCUCCCGUUCCCCUGCGCUUAUCAACCGAUCUCAAAUGAAGGGCGUAUGCAUGAAGACUGGUAUCACGAAGCCCAAGAAGCCCAAUUCCGGUGAAAGAAAGACGGCUCGUGUACGCUUGACUAGUGGAAAGGUUGUCACGGCUUAUAUUCCUGGUGAAGGCCACAAUGUCCAGCAACACAGUGUCGUUCUUGUUCGCGGCGGUCGUGCGCCGGAUUGUCCUGGUGUGAAAUACCAUCUGGUGAGAGGGGCUAUGGACUUGGGUGGCGUUGCCAGCCGAGUAAAUAGCAGGUCGAAAUACGGCACGAAGAAGCCCAAGAAGGAGUAGAUGAUUAAUUAUGGCUAAUUGACUGGAUGUUACGGGAAAGAGUCUCAUGUCUCGAUUGGCGCCAUUGUAUUAUAUCUGGAAUAUUUAAGUGUUGUAUCUGUAUACAUAUCAUCCAAACUACACAGUUGUAACGGAAA